AUGAGACCGCAGGCCAUCCUACCAGAUGCCCUCUCCGCUGUGGGCGAGACGCCGCUCAUUCAACUGAAUCGGAUCCCACAGACAGAGGGCAUCAAGUGCAACGUCAUGGUCAAGUGCGAGUACUUCAACGCCGGUGGCAGCGUCAAGGACCGCAUCGCUCGUCGUAUGCUUCUCCAGGCCGAACAGGAUGGCACCCUCAUCCCCGGCAAAUCGGUCGUCAUCGAGCCCACCAGUGGCAACACGGGCAUCGGUCUUGCCCUUGCCUGCGCUAUUCGAGGCUACCGCUGCAUUAUUGUGCUCCCCGAAAAGAUGUCAGCCGAGAAGGUCAACACGCUCCGUGCGCUCGGCGCCGAAGUUAUUCGCACCCCCACCGAGGCUGCCCACGACGAUCCCCGCUCCAACAUCAUGGUUGCCCGUCGCCUCGCUAAGUCCAUGCCCGACGCCGUCAUCCUCGAUCAGUACAACAACCUCAACAACCCCACUGCUCACUGGGCUACUGCUGAAGAGAUCAUCGAAGCCAUCAAGGCCGGUCCCGCUCCUCCUUCCUCCACCUCGCUCUUGCACGGUAUGGCUGGCCUUUCGUUGACCAAGGACAAGGAGCCCAUCGACGCCGCUUCUGCUCGUCCCCUCACCCCGGACUCGAACCGCGGUGCUGACGAGGUCAACGGCUCCACCACCACCUUUUCGGACAAGGUUGACGUACUGGUCGCCGGUGUCGGUACCGGUGGCACCAUCAGCGGUGUUGCCUCGCGUCUCAAGCGCGCCGACCACAACCCGGACUGCUUUGUUCUCGGUGUCGACCCCAUCGGCUCGGAUCUGGCUCUGCCCGCUUCGCUCAAUGCUCUGCCCGAGGGCAGUGAUGGUUCGUACAAGGUCGAGGGUAUCGGCUAUGAUUUCGACCCCAACACGCUCAACAAGAAGGUGAUCGACGAGUGGUACAAGACUGAGGACGAGCAGAGUUUUGUCUAUGCGCGCCGUCUCAUCAAGGACGAAGGCAUCCUCGCCGGAGGUUCUUCCGGUGCUGCCGUCAACGCUGCCAUCAACUGGCUCAAGCCAGGUGGUGCUGGCUGGGGCAAGUUUGGCUCUCAGACUGGUCUCAACGCCGUCGUCAUCUUGCCUGACAGCAUCCGAAACUAUAUCACCAAGCCUUGGUUGGUUUCCGAUGCCAAGCCCGAACGUCGCGAGGCCGAGAUUGACUUUGACAACUUCCAGUAA